AUGAGCCAUAUUGAAGUGAAAGCUUGUCAGCUACGAGAAGAAGCCAAAAGAAGAGUAAAAUCUGCAAGUUUUUUACAAAAUUUGUUUUCGAAAUCUGUAAACAAAACUAAAGAAUCAAUUGAAUACUACAAAAGGGCUGGGAAUCUGUUUAAGGUAGUAAAAAAUUGGAAUCAGGCUGGUAUUGCGUUUACAGAUGCUGCAAAUCUUUGUUGUAAAGCUAACGAUUUUACUGAAGCGGCAUUAAAUUUCGUAGAAGCUGCCCAUUGUUAUAAAAAGAUUGACACUCUAAAAGCAAUAGAAAUUUAUCAAGAAGUUGUUAAAAUAUACAGAAAUAAUGGUAAAUUUAGUGCUGCGGCUCAAUAUUAUCAAGCCAUAGGCGAAUUACUACUAGAUGAUGGAGAUAAUGAAGACGCUAUUAAAUACUUUGAAGAAGCUGCCGUUUUUUAUAAACAUGAAAACAGAUAUACUGCUGCAAAUAAAUGUUUGGAAAAAAUUGCUGAUUUUGCAGCAUUAUCAUCAGAUUACCUUAAGGCUAUAAAAAUAUUUGAAGAACUAGCUUGUUUUGAUUUAGCAAGUUCCAUCAUCAAACAUCAAGUUAAAUAUUAUUUAUUCAAAGCUGCCAUUUGUUUGCUUUGCAUUGAUACCAAAGCUGCUAGGAAAUUAGUUAUAUACAUAAAUAUGUAUCCCGCAUUUGAAGAAUCAAUAGAAUAUCAAUUAAUUUUAUGUCUGUUAAAAUGUAUAAUGGACAAUGAUAUUGAAGGCUUUGAAAAAUCUGUAAGAACGUUCGAUAAGGUAAACGAACUGAGUCAGUGGCAUGUUACACUGUUACUCAGGAUUAAAAAUCAAAUUGAGAUUGAAUAUACAUUAGUAUAA